CAUCAUCAUAUUCGGUAUCUCAAAAGUUCUCCUCCCAACUCAGAGCUCCGCUUUGCUUCUGCCGUCGAGGCGGUUUUAAAUGGCGGCAGCUUUACCUCUAUCUCCGAUUAGCCAUCAGUUAUGCCGGAGCAGCUUCAGGUUCUUGAACAACGCUACGACUCCCCGGUUCUGUUCUCCGGUUUUCUCGGUUUCUCCAAGUCUCAUCGGCGUAACCGGAAUCGGCUCGGCGAGUCAGUUACGCGCUCGCCACCGUCUGAUCUAUUCCGCAGCUGCGACGGAUUGGUUCUUGCAUGACGUCGGAGCCACCGUGGCAGUUGUCGGUGGAGCCUACGCGCUCGUCUUUAGCUUCGAGAGUCUCACCAAGCGAAACGUUAUUCCACAGAAUCUGAGCAGAAAGCUUGUGCAUAUACUCUCAGGUCUGCUUUUCGUAAUCUCGUGGCCGAUCUUCAGCGCAUCGACGGAGGCUCGAUACUUUGCUGCUUUUGUUCCAUUAGUGAAUGGCUUAAGGCUUGUUGUCAACGGAUUAUCCGUCUCCCCAAAUUCCACGCUAAUCAAAUCCGUCACUAGAGAAGGAAGACCAGAGGAGUUGCUUAAAGGUCCUCUGUUCUACGUUAUAGCCCUUCUCGUCUCUGUGGUUUUCUUCUGGAGAGACUCUCCUACCGGUAUGAUUUCGUUGGCAAUGAUGUGCGGUGGCGAUGGAAUAGCUGAUAUCAUGGGACGUAAGUUUGGGUCAGAAAAGAUACCUUACAACCCAAGAAAGAGCUGGGCGGGAAGCAUCUCCAUGUUCAUCUUCGGCUUCUUCAUCUCCAUCGGAUUACUUUACUAUUACUCAAGCCUUGGAUACCUUCACAUGAACUGGGAAACGACCUUUACGAGAGUCGCGAUCGUCUCACUGGUCGCCACAGUGGUCGAGUCUCUACCCAUCACCGAUCAAUUAGACGACAACGUUUCGGUUCCUUUGGCUACUAUUUUAGCUGCUUAUAUAAGUUUCGGAUACUAAAUUCAGCCGAAAUGUAUAUAUUUUUAUGAAUCCGACCUAGUUAUGUAUCCAAGAAUAUGCUAGCUGUAUAUAUUUUACUUCUGCGAAA